AUGCCAAACAAUCGAGUGAAAACGACUAAGGCCUUACAGAGCAAAAAAGGCAAAGCAGUUCUCUCGAAAUUGCAUCCACAUUCCAGACGAGCCAAGCAAAUCACAAGAAUCGCGUUAAGAGAUGACAAACUAGCGCUCAACAAGAAAGAAAAGAAGAGACUAGGGAACGCGUUUACGAGCAGAUUGAUCUGGUUCAUCGAAGCACACAAACAAGAAGCCAGAAACCAGGAUCCGAGCGGACAGUGCAAUCAACCAUCCUUACCAGACCUAUCUGCCCUCCACGCCCUCAUCAAUGCCUUCAUCGCUCGCAAUUCUGUUCUGAUUAAUGAAGAGAAUUCGAAACGAUCCAAACAUUUUUCUAAUCGCCCUAAAUCAACCAGCUUGGAAAAGCUCGAAUCAUUGGUUCGGGCUGAGAUGCUCGAAUAUACUUCAAAUGGCUUCGUGAUACCGGAUCUACGGACAGCGGAGAACCUGAAGCUGCUCGAGCAAUGGAAGGACGAGCACCGAUGUGACCGGUCGUUCCUCGCCCGAGUGAAGCUGAUCCGACUGUUCAAGGAUGAUCCGACGAGGCUAAUCGAGGUCGAGGAAUGA